AUGUCGAGUGGUCGAAACACUCACUGGUGUCACAGAUGUCAACGUGGUGUUUGCCUCCGAGGUCGAGAUUCCGUCUGUUCCUAUUGCGGUGGAGGAUUUGUUGAGGAAAUCGAUGUAACACCGAUGAUCAGAUCUCACAGAGAUGUUGAAUCACGUGAUCCAACCUUUGAUCUCAUGGAAGCUUUCUCAGCUUUCAUGAGAAGCCGUUUAGCUGACCGAGAAAUCAGCGGAAGAAUCGGCUCUGCAGGUGGUGGUGGUUCUGAGAGCUUUUCAAGUAUAGCUCCACUGUUGAUCUUCGGUGGUCAAGCUCCCUUUAGAUUAGCUGGUGGAGUCGGAGAUAGUCACUCAGUUGAAGCCUUGUUCAACGGUUCACCUGGAAUCGGUAUCACUCGUGGUGGCAAUGCCAACGCCGGUGACUACUUUUUCGGACCGGGUCUUGAAGAGUUGAUCGAGCAACUUUCGUCUGGGACUCAUCACCGAGGUCCACCACCAGCACCAAAGUCAUCAAUCGAUGCAUUGCCGACAAUCAAGAUCACACAGAAGCAUCUCAAGUCGUCUUCAGACUCUCACUGCCCUGUUUGCAAAGACGAGUUCGAGGUUAAAUCGGAAGCGAAACAGAUGCCGUGUAACCAUAUCUAUCACUCUGACUGUAUCGUCCCGUGGCUGGUUCAGCACAACUCGUGCCCUGUCUGUCGUAAAGAGUUACCGUCAAGAGGGUCUUCUUCGAGCACGCAGAGUGAUCAGAACAGAAGCACUAAUGGACGAGAAAGCAGCAGAAGAAGGAGCCUUUUCUCUAGCCUUUGGCCAUUCCGUUCGUCUAGCUCUAGCUCGAACCAAAACCGUAGAGACACGAACAACACAGCUAAUGCAGAAGAAGGCCACUAUAAUCAUCACCAGCAACAGCAGCAGCAGCAACAUCAACAUCAUCAACAACAGUCUCAUAUGGGUUACAGUGGAUGGCCUUUUGACUAUUAA